AUGAGCAAGUGUUUCGGCCAUGCCCAAGACUCUCAGGUCAAAUUGACUUUGGAUGCUCAGGGCAUGGAGGCCCUUGAGGACAGUAAGAAGGAGUACCAGAUGCUGGAGAGACUGGUGAAGGGAUGGAAGGCGAAGGUGAUCAAGCCACCGCAUGAGAAGUCUGUUGUGCCUGCUAACAAUGCAGGUGACACAACAGCCGUGGAGAAGGAGUCUUUGCCUGCCGCUGCGCCGGCCAAGGAGGUCACCAAUAUGGGCAUACCAUUCGCCUGGCAUCAGAUGCUCCUACUGUGCUGGCAUAAAGCAGGCGUGUUCGUUCACCAGACAAAGCUUAAGGCUAAACCACAGGCUAGGACAUGUACUGCCCUGCCUCAAGGUGCCGCACCCACGAAGAAAGUGCGCACCAGUUCAAUGAUUUUGGCUUGGCCAAUGAUUCCUGCCAUGACCACUAAUGAUGUGGAACCUUCUGAGAGUGAGCCAGAAGUGGAGAUGGAGGUAGAGAUUCAGGAGGGGAUUGACGACAAUGAAGACUUUCUUUGGGGGGAGAAUGAGGAGCUGCGCAUUUGCACCAAAUGGUAUGGCGAGGUGCUUAUCCAUGCAUGCCAACAUGUGCGGGCGCAGGAAGCCAAACAGCUCCUUGCGUCAAACAAGGCUUUUUUGUCGUCUGCGCUUGUAGCGCCAAAUAGAGUAAAGUUCCAGGAAUAUAAUAAUCCGUUGGGUCCAUUGGGCUAG